AUGGAUGUCGGUCGUUCUGGUCCCGGACCUUUAGACGGGAGUUUGUUGACAUUACAGUCUGUGCACAGGUCUCAGGUUGUGUGGAACAACAUAGAGCCACCCCCUGAUUUCAGAUUGAGGAUAAACUUUGGGGAGUAUUGGAAGCAAGUUCGAGCCCACAGACCGCAUCAGAUGAUCAUGGAUGCAAUCAGGGAUUUAGGAUUUGAUUGCAUAUUUAGGCUGGGACAGUUCAAGCACGACAGGGGUUUGAUUACAGCCUUUAUCGAGAGAUGGCGUGGAGAGACGCACACCUUCCACCUGCCGUUCGGAGAGGCCACUAUCACUCUUGAGGAUGUUCAUCACAUUCUCGGGUUACCCACUGAGGGUGAUCCACUCAUCCUCCGUGGAGCGAGUACCACCGUGGAGGAAAGGCGCGUGCUAGUACGCGAAUUUCUUGGGCUAUUACCAGAAGCCAAGGACGAUGUUAACCGAGGUGGUUUAAAGAUCAAAUGGCUUGUGGAUAACUUCGGGUCUUGUGAGCGGUUGGAGCAGUUGGAUCCAGAGGAUAUAGGUUAUGGUGUACAGGUUACCUACCAUAUUCGGGCGCACCUACUAUGCGUUAUUGGAUCAUUGUUCCCCCACAGCAGCGGGAACCGCGUGCAGCUUGACCUUCUAUGGUUACUGAGGGACAUGGACCAGCUGCGUCGGUAUAGCUGGGGUAGUGCUGUUCUUGGCUUCCUAUACCAGAAGCUAUGUUCUUCUAGCCGGGAUAACUGUACUGAUUUCUGUGGCUACGCCACAUUGGUACAGGUGUGGAUUUACGAGCGCUUUCCGUCACUAGCGCCUAGGCACAGGGGUCAACCCUUGUUCGAGUACCCGCUGGCGCUGAGGUGGAAGGCGCCACUUAGGCGUUGUCAGGUGCCGCAUGCGCAGAGCCGCAUGACACAAUAUGAGUUGGAUGCGUUGACACCCCGACAGUUUCGAUGGAGGCCAUAUGCUGAUUUACCUGCAGAUCAUCACCCGGAGGCCACUGUGUACUUGCGUUGGACGGCUCCCGCCCCCAUGAUGUACAUGUCCUACGUCGAGUGGUGCUACACGGACAGGGUGACGAGGCAGUUUGGUUUUAUGCAGGGUGUACCAUAUUCCUCUCCCUACCCUAAUCAUCAGCAGCUGCACGACCACUACAACGAGCAGGUUGAUUGGAUGUACGCGAGGGAGCCAUUUGUUGAUCUUUGGGAUACGCGCAUGGAGCGUGCCCUCGCAUCUCCUCCACUUAUGCAUGGCAAGGGUUGCACUGCCUCAUACCUGCCAUGGUUCCACAGGGUCACACGUCGAAUCAUCAUUAACCCCUUACACUGGCCACAGCAGGAGGGUGCCUUCCAGGGAACAUAG